GCGGGCAUCAGCAGCGCGCGAGAGAAAGAGCCGGAGGAGAGAGAAGACAGUGAGUGCAGUUUCAUGCUCUCUCUCGACGUUGGAUGGAUGUUGUUGUAAGAGCAUCUGUAACUGGUAGGAAAGGAGUGGGGAAGCGGAGGUAUACACUAACUCACCAAGGAAAGACCUAUGCUUGGAUUUUGCCUAUUUUUUCUUCGCCAAUGCAAAAGGAAAUAUGCAGCGAAGCUUCACCCUCCUGUACACCAGUUUUCUGGGGAUGUGCUUGGGUUCAAGUUUUCCAAGUAACAUCAAUAUAGGGGGACUAUUCCCAACCGAAUCUCACGAAUAUGAGGUGUUUCGGUUCGCGCUUUCGCACCACCAGGAUAUCCCCAAACUGGUGCCGCAGGUGGAUAUGGUCAAGAUGGGCAACAGCUUCUCCAUGACAUAUGCCUUCUGUUCCCAGUUCUCUAAAGGUGUCUAUGCUAUCAUUGGCCUCUACGACAGGAAGACGGUCAACAUGCUGAUGUCGUUCUGCGGGGCGCUGCACGUGUGUUUCGUCACACCUUCCUUCCCCAUCGAGACGGCCAACCAGUUUGUGAUCCAGCUGAGACCUGAGCUACAGGACACUCUGGUGGGGGUCAUAGACCACUACGGAUGGACCAAGUUCGUCUAUAUGUACAGCUCAGAUUCUGGCCUGUCUGUGCUGCAGAAGGUCCUGGACACGGCUGCUGAGAGGAGCUGGCUGGUGACGUCUGUCAACGUGGAGACCAUGACGGAGACCUCGUUCCUCAAGGUGUUCCAAGACCUGGACAAGAGGAAGGAGGGACAGAUCAUCAUCGACUGUGAGACCGAAAGACUCACCUCCAUCCUAAAAAAGAUCGUCGAACACGGGAAGAAUGCUAAGAGUUACCACUACAUCCUGGCCAACCUGGGUUUUCUGGACAUUGAUCUAACGGACCUGAGGAAAGGAGGGGCCAACAUCACAGGCUUCCAGCUGGUCAACUACACAGAGCAGAACGUCAGCCGUACCAUUCAGCAGUGGAUGGAGUUUGAAAACAAAGACGCCAAAUUCCCCAAGAGACGCCUGAAGUACACCGGAGCGUUGACAUAUGAUGGGGUGAAGGUGAUGUCUACAGCAUUCCAGAACCUUCGGAAACAGAGGAUAGACAUCUCUCGCCGUGGCAACGCAGGCGAAUGCCUCGCCAAUCCACCGGCACCAUGGGGCCAAGGCAUAGAUAUACAGAGAGCCCUGCAACAGGUGCGUAUCCAUGGACUGACAGGUCAUAUCCAGUUCAAUGAGAAAGGACGCAGGACCAACUUCACCGUCAGUGUCAUGGAGCUAGCCCCCUCUGGACCUAAGAAGGUGGGCUACUGGAACGAGGACGAGAAGUAUGUGAGCACAGCCACCUUCAUGAGAGGAAGCAACGACAGCAGCUACGGCCUACAGAACAGGACCUACAUAGUUACCACCAUCCUGGAAUCCCCAUACGUGAUGCUGAAGAAGAACCAUGAUCAGCUGUCAGGGAACGAUAAGUACGAGGGUUACAUCGUGGAGCUAGCGGCUGAGAUCGCCAAGCACGUUGGAUACCACUACAAACUGAAGGUGGUCUCAGAUGGGAAAUAUGGAGCCAGAGACUCCGAAACCAAGAUGUGGAACGGCAUGGUUGGAGAGCUGGUGUACGGGAAAGCAGACGUGGCGGUAGCCCCGCUGACCAUCACCCUGGUCCGUGAGGAGGUGAUCGACUUCUCCAAGCCCUUCAUGUCUCUGGGGAUCUCCAUCAUGAUCAAGAAGCCCACCAAGUCUAAACCAGGUGUCUUCUCCUUCCUGGACCCGCUGGCCUAUGAGAUCUGGAUGUGUAUCGUGUUCGCCUACAUCGGUGUGAGUGUGGUCCUGUUCCUGGUGAGCCGCUUCAGCCCCUAUGAGUGGCACGCAGAGGACUAUGAGGAGGGGGCCGAACCCCAGACCCCUACCCAGCCGACAGGGCCCGGUGCUGGGCUACAGUCGGGGCAGAGCCCUGGUCAGCAAGGCCAGAACCAGCAGAAUCAGGAACAGACCAAUGAGUUUGGCAUCUUCAACUCUCUCUGGUUCUCCCUGGGAGCCUUCAUGCAGCAGGGAUGUGACAUCUCACCCAGGUCUCUGUCAGGGCGGAUAGUGGGUGGUGUGUGGUGGUUCUUCACUCUCAUCAUCAUCUCGUCCUACACGGCCAACCUAGCUGCUUUCCUCACAGUGGAGAGGAUGGUGUCCCCCAUAGAGAGUGCUGAGGACCUGGCUAAACAGACUGAGAUCGCCUACGGAACUCUGGAUGCUGGUUCCACCAAAGAGUUCUUCAGGCGGUCUAAGAUCGCGGUGUUUGAGAAGAUGUGGUCGUACAUGAAGUCGGCCGACCCCUCAGUGUUUGUGAAGACCACAGACGAGGGAGUGAUGAGGGUCAGGAAGUCCAAAGGGAAGUAUGCCUACCUGUUAGAGUCCACCAUGAACGAGUAUAUCGAGCAGAGGAAACCCUGUGACACCAUGAAGGUGGGGGGGAACCUGGACUCUAAAGGAUACGGUAUCGCCACGCCCAAGGGCUCACCCCUCAGAAACCCUGUUAACCUGGCCGUGUUAAAACUCAACGAGCAAGGCCUGUUGGACAAACUGAAAAACAAAUGGUGGUACGACAAGGGCGAGUGUGGCAGCGGGGGCGGGGACUCCAAGGUCAGAACCCUGAUCCCGGUAAACCUAGCCGUGUUGAAGCUCAAUGAGCAGGCCGUCUUAGACAAACUAAAGAACAAAUGGUGGUACGAUAAAGGAGAGUGUGGCAGCAACGACUCCGGACGCAAGGAUAAGACGAGUGCGUUGAGCCUGAGCAACGUGGCCGGAGUGUUCUACAUUCUGAUUGGAGGGCUGGGCCUGGCCAUGCUGGUGGCGUUGGUGGAGUUCUGCUACAAGUCGCGAACCGAGUCUCAGAGAAUGAAGCAGAACAUCAACGACGCCAUGCACUGCUCCUCCAUGACCAGAAUGAGUGGGAACGGGAACGGGAAUGGGGGAGGAGGAGGAAUAGGUGGAGCAGGAGGAGGAGAGAACGGACGCAUCCUAACUCACGACUUCCCCAAAACAGUCCAGACUCUCCCCUGCAUGAGCCACAACGCCAGCAUGGGGCUCAGCGCCUCCGGCAUGUAAUCACAUGACCUGGCAGGAGACUGACUCAUAGACCUUACAAAGAUGACCACAUUAAUGGUGACAUUGACCUUAUGAACAUGGCCGUCUUUCUGACACUUUGUUUAUGUGGUGGCUGCGUGAUGUGUGUCCGAGACAGACUCCAAUACUGCUGCCAAAUGCAUUCUGAAAUCACUCAUUACAAACAGGGGAAACAUGUAGAUGGAGAAUAAAAAUGAAAAUAAAAGAAGAUGAGGAACAUGUUGCUACAAAAAGGAGCCAUUGUUGGGCCGAGAUGUUUUUUUCUUCUUUUAUUCAGAUUUUUUGAAACAAGGUGUUAAUUUCUGUGUAAGAAAACAGAGAACUAGCCCGUAAAUGCCUCCUGACCUGCCCUGAGGUGACCUUCUCUGCCCUGCCUUGGGCUGAUUUUCUCUGCCCUGACCUGACUUUCUCUGCCCUGCCCUGAGAUGACCUUCUCUGCCCUGUCUUGAGAUGACCUUCUCUGCCAUGCCCUAACCUUCUCUGUCCUGCCCUGACCUUCUCUGCCCCACCCUGACCUUCUCUGCACUGGGCCGACCUUCUCUGCCCUACCCUGACCUCCUCUGCCCUGGGCCGACCUUCUCUGCCCUGCCCCGACCUUCUGUUCCCUACCCCGACCUUCUCUGCCCUACCCUGACCUUAUCUGCCCUACCCUGACCUUAUCUGCCCUACCCUGACCUUCUCUGCCCUACCCUGACCUUCUCUGCCCUACCCUGACCUUCUCUGCCCUACCCCGACCUUCUCUGCCCUACCCUGACCUUCUCUGCCCUACCCUGACCUUCUCUGCCCUACCCUGACCUUCUCUGCCCUACCCUGACCUUCUCUGCCCUACCCUGACCUUCUCUGUCCUACCCUGACCUUCUCUGCCCUACCCUGACCUUAUCUGCCCUACCCUGACCUUAUCUGCCCUACCCUGAGCUGUGGCCGUUCUAUUGACUACUGUUAGUCUGUCUGUCUGUCUGUCUGUAAUAUCUCAGUUCGCUACCUACUCUCUCUGACCAUUUACUUAGUGAAGACGGAUCACAAAAUAGGAUUUGUUUUUGUCUUUGAACAGUAAAAAGACAAUACUGACAAUAACGCUGAUUGACUAUUAAGAUGAUUUGAUAUUUGUGUGUCUCUGGUUUCUCUCGUGUGUGUUUUUGGACACAGUUACACACGCUAUGUUGGAAAGGCAUCAUGAACUGGAAAACAAGCAUUUCAAGCACCCAUGCAGUAUUAUAAUACAGACAUAAAUAAUCAUGCACAGAGCUCAGUCAUUCCUUGCCUCCCUGAACCAUCUGCUGACAGUCAUUCCUACAGAGAUUUUGGUAGUGUUAUGUUGUUUAAAUUCAUGCUUAACUAGCUGUGUUGUGUUCUCCUCAACAAACAUGCUUUGCUGCUACACCUCACUGAACCCACCAUACCACUGAACCCACCAUACCACUGAACCCACCAUACCACUGAACCCACCAUACCACUGAACCCACCAUACCACUGAACACACCAUACCACUGAACCCACCAUACCACUGAACACACCAUACCACUGAACACACCAUACCACUAAACACACCAUACCACUGAACACACCAUUCCACUAAACACACCAUUCCACAGAACACACCAUACCACUGAACCCACCAUACCACUGAACCCACCAUACCACUGAACCCACCAUACCACUGAAUCCACCAUACCACUGAACACACCAUACCACUGAACACACCAUACCACUGAACACACCAUGCCACUAAACACACACACACAUACACUGUUACUUUAUCAAACUCCCCAGAAUGAUUGCUGUGGCUGGAAGAGAGGAAUUAUUGACUGACAUGGUCAGAACUUGACAAAGUACCACAGAUUAACACCAUUGAUUUCUUCAGUGGCUCUGCUACAUUAUUUUAUAGAGAGAGAGUAGCCAUUUUGGAAUACGGCCUAGCUGACAGAGGAAGGGGGCGUGACUUACACACAGAAACCCCUGUUGAUUUACACGUUCACAGUCAAUCAGCUGUUGGCAAUCGUUAAUGGAAACCAUGGAAACGGUGGCUACCACCACAGCAACCCAUCUUAUCUCUCUCUCUCUCUCUCUCUCUCUCUCUCUCUCUCUCUCUCUCUCUCUCUCUCUCUCUCUCUCUCCUCUCUCUCUCUUUAUCUCUCUCUCUCUCAGUAGUUUGAUAUUUUAUGACGGAGGUUGUUCAGUAUCGUUUGAUGUGUAGGUCAUUGUAUGUGUUGCUGUAGCCUAUAGGGCUGUCAGCAGAGAGAAGCCUCGUUAGGAUACUGGAAUCAGAGUCAGAGACAGCCUGCCUACAUCUACAAAGGGAACAUUUACUAGCUAAACUCUCCAGCUCGGCUCUCUUUGUGUGGGUCUCUGCCAUAAAGAGAGUGUUCAACACGGACGCAGCUGUGUCAGACUGUUUUUCUGCCAUAGCCAGAGUGUUGGAUCCAAUGCCAAACGUGGAACAACCUUAAACUCUUGAACAUGUUUGACAGUGAAGACAGAUACUGGGCAGAGAUAGACUCCUUACAUCAAAUAUACUGUAUCUCAUCUCUCCAUCCACUAUGUAUAUAAAAGGGUUGAUUCUCCUGCAGUGAAACGUGUUCUUUCCUUCUCUGACCCAAUCAGCCUCUCUGUACCUGACUGAUGCUUCUGUUCUUCUUCUCCUCUAUUCCUUUGGUGUUGUAUUGACGAAGGCGCAGCACAACGCGAGUCCUUGGCGGAUGGUUUGUCUCAUAGAAGGAGAGGUUUUUAUAAGCCCUAACAGAUUUUGAAUAAGACAUUCAAUGUUUGUAUCGUAUGGAGAGUUUGAGAGCUGCAAAAAACAUUGAAAAGGUGGAGGAAAAACAGAUGUUGAAUAGUGGGUAGACAAUAAUGUUUUAAGUUUUACUUUUAAUUGGUUGUCAAUGUUAUUUUGAUUUAACAUUUGAAUAAAAGGGAUGUUCAAUUGGUGUUUUCAAGACUGAACACCAUUUGACUUUUCUUCUUAAUUUGUUCUUUUUUUCAAAGUAUUUUAAUACAAGGAUAUAAAGUGAUUAUUUAGUUUGUUCACCUGAAAACCUCACAGUACAGUUGUUUUUCUAUACAUCACUAGUGAAAGAUGUUGUUGAAUAAAACAUUUAUAAAAUACAUGGAGAUCAUUCAUGAAUCUAAAAAAAGAAAUAAACUUUUGAGAAAUAAACGUUUUCUAACCAAAGUGUCUCUGAAGAAAGUGAUCAUGCUUUUUGUAACAGAAUAAAGGAAUAAACUA